UUUGUCAUCUUUUAAUUUAUUUCCCACCGUGCUAUUGCAUUACAUAGGCCUAUUUCGGAAUGAUUUGUUCUUUCUCAAAUGUUCUUCUUUCGUACAUUUUCCCGCUUUCCUUCCUUUUCCAUUAAAAAAAAAUUUCGUUUUCUUUUCACUUUUCCAUUUACCUUUCCCUUUCCUCCUUUCCUUUUUCCCUUUCCUUCCCCUUUCCCUUUCUUUCUCCCUCCUUUUUUUUUCUUUUUCCCAUUUUUCUUUUAUUUUCUCGGUGAAAUCCGCCAGGGGGGCAACCCCCCCCCUGCCCCAACCUGUUACGUCACUGGUGUUUGGUGUGAGGGUGUGUUUUGGACAUCUUGAAUUGUGAAAUUCACUCAACAAAAAGCCUGACAAGUGAGAGUAUUUUCACUUAAAGAAUCAUAUAAUACCCCCUUCGACUUAUUAUUUCGCCUUUUAAGAGAACAUGUGCAGGCCAAACAAGAAACAUAUCGAGUGCGUGAUGUGACAUGAACUUUGUUUUUACUGUUGCUUCAUUUUGAUGGGAAAACCCAGUAUGAAGUAAAACAUAUUCUAGCCUUUGUUCAAUGCGCCUUAUAACAAAGAAAUCAUGAAAUAAAGGAUAUUGAAGAUUUGAAUUAGUAUUUUUGAACCGCGAAUUUGUAAUUAGUCUUCCCUCUUUCAACACAGCGCUGCUUAUUUGGUGUGGGCGCUUCAACUUUAGACAAUGUAGGAAUAAUGAAGAGAGAAGAAAAUUUAUAGGAAAAUGUGGAUUAACAUGAAACAAGGCAAGUGAAUUGUUGCUCGUGAUUGUAAUGACGCAUCACUGUAUCGAGUGCACGUUAAUACUGGCUAUAUUCCGCAUUUUCAGUGAGUAUGAUCUAGAAACAAUGUAAAUGCCUCUCUAGAGAACAACUCGCGUAUACAAUGUGUACAUGGUCAGUUCUACCUUAAGAUCCAAUUGAUAGGAAUGGAGAUUAUUGUGUAGAUAAAAUGGCAUCAGAUCAUGAGACUUCGUGUGAUGUCAAUACGUACAUCGGUUUGAAUGUCGGUGGGGAGAUCUACAAGACUUCCCGUACCACACUGACAAAGUAUCCAAACAGUUUCUUUUCUCUCCUGCUUGAAGGUAGCAUUCCUUCCACCAAAGACAACCAAGGGAACUACCUGAUUGACAGAGACGGACGAAUCUUCCGUCACAUCCUCAACUUCUUGCGAUCAGGAGAGCUUCUGACCCUACCCGAAGGGUUCAAGGAUUUUAAAUUGCUUGAGAGUGAGGCCGACUUCUUCUUGCUCGAAGACUUGAAGAACAUGGUGAACCAGAUCAUGCCCGUCGGGCUGUUGUUUGACGGCGGCAAGGUUUUCAACACCACCAAAGAAACCUUAAAGAAGGAGAGUGAUUCCUUCUUCGCCAGGAUGUUGGCCGGAGAGAUCGAAGUCACCUUAGAUCCUCAAGGAAACUACGUCAUGGAUAGAGAUGGCAGUUUAUUCCAUCACAUCCUCGGCUAUCUCAGAGAUGGCGGCGUUCUGACCGACAUCACUCUCGAUGAAGUACAAAGUCUCCGUAACGAAGCGGACUACUUUAAUCUGCACUUGUUUAAAUAUCAUAUCCAGAGCAUCAAGUUCAUGGAAACCAGACGCGACGCUCUGCCUUUUCUUCACAUUUACUACUGCGUCGACGGUCCUUGCUUCCUGUACACAAACGCCAUGUCCCACCAGAGUUACCGAUUCAAUCACGUUUGUCCCAAUCACCGUGAAAUCAUGAAAGGUGUGUUUGCUGGAUUGGCUGACUUACAAAGAAUCAAAAGGGAUGAUCUCGUAAGCACUGAUGAUAUCGUUUUUUACUUUCGCAGGAAGUUUGGAAGUGGCUCUUUCAGUGAUGCCAAGGUGCUCAGCACGAAUUGCAGUUUAUUGAAAUAUGAGCCGUUUUAAAGUAACAUGUUAUAUUCAUUGUAAUAAUUGCUGUUUAUGUUCUUAGGUUUCACGAAGCCAUGUGCCAAUUAAUGGUUCUUGUCAAAAAGAGUAUAUAUGUAAGCUACUGAAGAACUAACUCACAUUGCCAAUCAGUGCGUCUUGGAUUAACAUUACCGGAAGUAGAAAUAGUAUUUGCUUCUGAUGGUUACACCCUAAUUUUUCGAAGUGUAUACCCAGUGAUAUCCGAGAGUUUUGGAAUAAUUAGCUAUCUGUUAAAAAGCGACAAUAAUCGAGGCUCGCAGAGAGUAUUAGUCCUGUACCUGUGGACCGGUCCAGCAACCUGCCUCCUGUGACACACGAAUAACAGUAUUUAAACGGCAGAUUGCCUUGAGAAAUUGUUAAAGGGGAGAUGGUAUAAUGGUACUUUUAAAUCCUGAUUAUGUUAUCAUAAGGAUUUUUACAUCUGAAUGAGCGAUAUCAAUUAAUCUCUGAACCACUGGCGAUUUCUAUUUGACCUAAAGGUUUGCAAUUAUGCCAUUGCAUUGGUAGCUAGAACCUUAGAAAGGCGAUUUCGAAUCCUUUAUGAAGAUAAGAACCAAAACUCAAGAAGAGAAGCAAUCUUGAUGGAAAGAGUAAAAUGAGAGGAACAAUUUAAAACAAGUUUCAUCAAAAUCGGUUAUGAAAUAAGCAAGUUAUUGACGUUUAAAAAGUCUUGUUGUACUUUCUAUGAGGAUCCUCAAAUUGGCAAACAUGCUUCAAAAUGGCUGAUUUUGUGGACAACUCUCCAUUUGUUUUGUACACAAAUUUUCAGAUUUUCCUCUUUAUUUUACAUAUUUCACAUUAUCCCCGCCUGACCUUGACAUAUGUGGUGUGAAAUAUAUUUUCCCUUGUUAUGCUCAGAACGAUGCAAUAUGCAAUUUCUACAAUAUUUAUUUCAAAUUUUAUUUUUAUUGAUGUAUCUGAAAAAUAAUGUAAUAAAAAUGCAAUGAGACAAGUGAAUUUUUAUUGACAGUAAAGGUAAAUUUUAAUUUCGAGCAUUGUAUUAGUUGACUUUCAAAAUCCUGAAAGAACAUGAAUGAACUUCGAAAUGAUAUUUUUAAAGUAUUUUAUGCAGCAGUGUUUUGUAAUAUUUUGAUCGGGCCCGUGCAUCGAAUAACGUAUUUGCAUCUCCUAGAAUAAUAUGAUAAGUUUACAAGAUUCGUUUGUUUUGAUUA